UUCAUUAGAUCAAUUUAAAAAUAUGCACAUAAUUAUUUGUUUUCGGUUUAGAACGAACUAAAUGAAUAUGCCAUUUGCAUAGUUCUAGCUAAAGUUAUCGGCUUAACAAGACCGUAAUUUUUGGUAAAGUGGGUAAGGAUGUUGUAACUAUUGAAUUUAGAAGUCAAAAUGCAGCGCAGUAAACUAUUUAAGUGGUCCACUAUUAUAAUUAUAUGUAUAAUUGCAAGACUGAUAUUAUUGUGGAUUCCGCAAAAAAAUAACGUAUGCAGUACCUUAUCCGCUUACUUUAACAUCAACAACAACGACAACUGUUGGCACAAUCCUGAUAAAGGAUUAUCUGUGGUUGAAAUAAUCUCAAAAUAUGGUUACAAUUUCGAAGAACAUAUCGUUAUAUCUGAAGAUGGCUACCGUUUAUUUGUAUACAGAAUAUUACCAAAAGGCAACAGCAGUUUUAACCAACCUCUGCUACUAAUGCCUGGGAUGGGGGGAUCCCCAGAGUUCUGGUUACUCCAAGGAGCAGAAUCUAUCAUAUUCCUCUUGGCUGACAAAGGUUAUGAUGUCUGGUUAUCAGCGGUCAGGGGAACAGUAGAUUACGACGAGGAACUAAAAAAAUUUAAAGACGAAGAAGACUAUUGGAACUUUAGUUUCCAUGAGAUUGGGAUAUACGACCUACCUGCCUUGACAGAUUAUGUUACGAAACGGACGAAGAGCAAAGUUAUAUUCGUGGGCCACUCAAUGGGCUCAACGGCAUCAUACGUUUAUGCGAUAGAAAAGAAAACUCACGCAGAACGUAAUUUGAAGGGGUUGGUUUCGCUGGGUCCUGCUGCGUAUAUGGGGCACACGCAAGGAUUUUUCAAAUUUAUCGGACCAAAGAACGAGUGGGUUUGGGACUUCACUAAGAAGAUUGGAUGCUAUGCCGUGAGUAACACUUACACAAAACGUUGGAUCACAUCAUUGCUUUGUUCGCAGUAUCCUGGAGUAUUGGGUUGUUAUUAUUUUUACGGAUACAUGAGUGGACUCUCGCCUUCUGAAGAACGACCUGACAUGGUACCUUUAUUCUUCAGUGUAAUGCCAUCUCCAAUAUCGAUGAGGACUCUGGCACAUUUUGGCCAGUUAAUCGAAACAACUAGAUUUCAAAAAUUUGAUUAUAGAGAUGAUCAAAUUAACUUAGAGAAAUAUGGAUCUCUGAAACCACCAGAUUAUAAUAUCAGCCAAAUUUCCUUACCAGUUCAGCUAUUUACAGGAACCUAUGAUUUUAGUAGUUCAGAUAAGGACGUCGAUAUCCUGUAUCAACAACUGAAGAAAAAUGGAGUAAAAACGUCAAAGUAUGUCUUCCCGUUUGCUCACGCGGACUACCUAAUGGGAAGAAAUUAUAAAGAAUUCUACAAAUCUUUGCUUAGAGCAAUUCGAGAGUUACAUUCUAAACACAAGAUGAAAUUGGUAACAAGACUUACUGUGUUGUAUGUAGUGGUUAAAUAUGUUAGUUGUACCGAAAAUAAAAAUAAUGUAUGCACAAACCUUCUGGACUACAAAAAUUUGCAAACCAGCAAGAAUUGUUAUUACAAUCCUAAUUUAAAAGCUUCAACGAAAGAAAUUUUUCAAAGAUAUGGAUACACCUACGAAGUACACUAUUUAAAAACACAAGAUGGUUACAUGGUAAAGCUGGAAAGACUGGGAACAGACGAAAUAAAUAAAAAGUGGAAAGGAGAUAGGCAACCUGUACUGUUGCAGGGUGGAGUGGGAGCAGCUCCACAAUUUUGGAUAUUACGAGGUGAAGACGGUCUUGCAUUUCAGUUAUUUGACAGUGGUUACGACGUCUGGAUAUCUAGUAUACGUGGAAGCUUUCCUGAAGCCAAAAAUGAAAAAUAUGAGAAAAGAGAUCCACGCUAUUGGGAUUAUACUUUUCAUGAAGUAGCUAUUUAUGACAUUCCAAAAAUGACAGAGUAUAUCGCAGAAAAAACAGACAAGAAGAAAAAGAUCAUAUACGUUGGCCAUUCAAUGGGAACAUCGAUAUCGUUUGUCUACGCCAUCGAGAGAAAAGAACACGCUGAAAAGUAUCUACGAGGAAUAGUAUCUUUAUCACCUGUUGCGUUCUUAAAUCAUGCUGAACCAGCAAUCAGACUUUUAGCGAAAUUUGAAAGUAUAGCUUUCAGUGUUUUACAAGCAUUGGGUAUAUAUGCGCUUGGGGAGCCACCAAUUCUUCGAGUCUUAAUAUUUCAGAUUUGUUCUCAUUUUCCAACGAUAAUAAUUUGUGAUGCAUUAAAUGGUAGAUGGAUUGGAAGCUUACCAACGAAAGAAAGGGCUGACCUUGUUCCGGUCUUUUUUAGCUUUUUUCCCCAGCCUACUUCUUGGAAAUCAUUUAAGCAUUAUGCACAAAUUAUAAACAGUGGGCAGUUCCAAAAAUACGAUUUCGGAUUAACAGGAAAUAUGAAGAUCUACAAACAAGUUCGACCACCAAAGUAUAAUAUUAGUAACAUUGCACUUCCGGUUCAUUUUUUCCUCGGCACCAAUGAUGAUCUGUCAACGAUUAAAGACAAUGACCAAUUGAUGGGCAUUCUUCAAAAGAAUGGUGUCACAACCUCCAGACGUAUUUAUGACGAAUAUGCUCACAAUGAUGUCUUUUUGGGAACAGACUAUAACAAGUUUGCCAGUGAUGUGUUGAACGUAGUGGACAUUCUUAGGGAAUCAAAUGAACCCAUUAAAUGAAAAUUAUUUGUUAAAAAAAAAGAGAAUAAAUGUUUAAAAUAA